UUUUGCCAUUCACGACAACAGCAUGGACAUGACGGAGCCGGAGGACGAGGCCGCGAACGUAUUCACCUUUAACGCGCCGACGUACUACGAUCUGAACGACGGCGAGUUCGAGAAGAGAUAUGUGAACAACGCCGACGGGUACUUUAAUCAGCUGGACAAUGCCGCGGCGCUGGAUGCGUUCAUGGCAGCCGAAGGUGCAAUGCAAGCGACUCGAUCGAAAACGACCGCGGCCUCGACACGGCGACGACCAACACCGCCUUCCAUCCACCAUGACAACAACCAUGACGGUGAAGACGACGACAUGCGCUCACACACGGACUCGGCCCCGGAUUCCAUGGACGAUGACGCGCUCUCAAAGGACUUUUCCACUCGCAGCAGCAGCGCGCUCUCGACAACGUCUUCCCGCAAACCUCUGACCAGGCCGACGGCACCGACGCUCCACUCGUCCAAGCGGGCGGAGGCGAUCAAGCAAGUGCGGAAACAGGUCCAUCCCCAAGACACCGACUCCAUCGAGCUCCAGAAAAAAUUCCACGCGCGUCCACUUCCAGUCACGUUGGAUAUCGCGCCCAACAUUGCACCCAACUCGACGAAACCAUUGACGCAACCGACCAUGCCAAAACUGGCAACGUUGGCGCGAAUGGGCGACAAAAAGCGGGCGUCUCCUCCGCCGAAAGAGCAGCCCAACGAAAGGUGCUCGACAACGCCACGAAGUACCGGCAGUCGGCAAACCCGUAGCACAGCAACUCACCGUUCCGACGAGCAAUCCAAGAGCAAAGGGCGUCCGGGCGCUGCGACGCCUCCUUUCAGUGCGCCAGCAGCGCUGCGUGGUCAUAGCGUGCAUCGGUCAAGAUCCAGUCCAGUUGUUGUCGUCCAUUCAGUCGACGGGGCCGACUCGACCUUGGCCACUUCCACGCCCAGGGGCACACUAGCGACGAGCCCGCAGAAGCCCCUCGAAUCCGAGCGCCGCGCAAAGGCGCGGGAGCUAUUUGAAGCGAGACACAAGGCUGCUCUGGAAGCUAGGGUCGCCGCCGCCGCUGCUGCUGCCGCCGCCAAAGUCGAAGCGGAAGAGAGACUGAUGCAAGAAAUACGUCGACAGCAGACGUAUCGAGCCAAGCCGUACACACGCCCGACAACGUCUGGGUUUGCAGUUCGACCAUCCACAAAGGAGCUGACGACCCCCAGGAGCCCGAGAUUUCACUCCACCAAACGUGCUCCUCGAACGCAGAAUUAACAUGUCAUGCCGGAUCGAAUGGAUGGCUCUCGUUGAAGCGACCGAACGAAUUGUGUGGACGAGAGAGGUCUCCUUGGACAGACGCAUUCAUUACAGGAAAAAAUGACGUCGACUCGA